GUCUGCUGAAUUAUAAGUUCCUUGAUGUAUGAUAUGGUGUUUGAUGGAGGUGGAAGUCAAGGUUAAUGGAUGAGCCACGGUAUGACAUUUUAUCUUCACAGGAUACGGAACAUGUUGCUUCAGCUCAUAAACCGGGCCACGGAUGAAAUGACUGUCAGCUCCUCUGAGACAGCCAUGGCAAGUGGUGCUGAAACAGAGUUGGAAGACGAAGCAGGAAGCAACGACAUGGAGCAGUUGCUGGAGUCUAGGUGUGAUGAUGGGGUAGAUGGCCAUGUUAUGUCAACGAUACAACAUCUGCGCCUGUCACCGGACCUUCACGUGCCAGACAGAUACAACCACUUCACAAUUCACAAACAGACCUCAUACAGACAGUUCCUCAGGUACAGGCAACAGCUCAUCCAGUGAUGAGGAUUCCGAAAAGGAAACUUUUCCACACACAAAUGGUCUCCCUGUGCCAGAGGGAGAUACCAAUGUCAUGAACACAGAGGAUGAUAAUGGAAAAGAUUUUUUAACAGUUGUCAGUUUGGAAGUUCCUGUUCUAAAAACUCACCGAUCAGUUUCUGUGGAUACUGGUACUGCUAAAGGAAAAACAGGCUACAGUCCUACUAGCUCCCCCAAAGAGGGGCGGAGGGCCUCCUUUGAUGUAUCAUACCUGAAAAAAUCCAAUUCUUUGAGUCCAACUGGCUCAAACGAGUCCCUUAAAGAUGUCAGUGCAGAGGGGAAAAGGAUGGCUUUCAGGAAAGCUAUUGCAAGGGGUGGUUAUGGAAGCCAUUACUUGCAUCCAUCCCAUGCAGAAAAUGGUUACCACAAAUACGAACCCAGGAGCACUGUUGAUUGGACAGAAAAUGCCAUUAAAGGUGACCACCUGUGGAUUGAAACCAAUGCCUCUGGGGAUUACUGCUACAUAGGAGAGGCCGAGUGUCAGAAGGCAGGACCCAGAAAAAAAUGUGCAGCUUGUAAAAUUGUAGUACACACUGGCUGCAUGACCCAUUUAGAGAGGAUUCACUUUGGAUGCAAACCAACAUUCAGGGAAGCAGGAGUCAGGAACUACAGAGAUCAAACAUUUGUCAGACAUCACUGGGUUCAUAGGAGAAGACAAGAAGGAAAAUGUAAACAAUGUGGAAAGUCCUUCCAGAAUAAAUUUGGGUUCCAUAGCAAGGAAAUCAUUGCCAUUUCUUGCUCUUGGUGUAAGGCUGCAUACCAUAACAAAAUCACGUGUUUCAUGAUGCAGCAGUUGGAGGAGCAGUGCACUCUGGGAAGUCAUGCGGGUAUCAUCAUUCCACCGUCUUGGAUCAUAAAAAUACCCAAAAAGGGCUCAUUUAAAUCAUCUAUAAAAAAGAAGCGAAGGGGUUCAGCAAAACGAAGAAAAAGCAAAGAAGCUGACUCAAAACCCUUCAUUGUCAAGCCCAUUCCAUCCCCACACAUGAAACCACUACUUGUCUUCAUCAACCCAAAGUCUGGAGGCAACCAGGGGGCAAAAAUCAUGCAUAAAUUAUACUGGCUGCUAAAUCCAAGACAAGUGUUUGACUUAUCCAGAGGUGGGCCACGCAUGGGAUUAGAAUUAUUUAAAAAGGUGCCAAAUUUGCGCAUUCUGGCUUGUGGCGGUGACGGCACAGCAGGUUGGGUUCUCUCAGCUCUGGACACCCUGGGUAUUAACCCCCUUCCACCAGUUGCAAUACUACCCCUGGGUACAGGAAAUGACUUGGCUAGAACACUGGGCUGGGGUGGAGGUUAUACAGAUGAGCCCCUGUCCAAGAUAUUGUCUGCUGUGGAAGAGGGACAGGUGGUGGAGCUGGACAGGUGGAAUCUUAAGGUGCAAAAUCUUGCUGUGUCAGAGCCAGUAGAUACACUGGAUGAGAAAGAGGAGAAGGGGGAGCCCACCCUCCCUCUUGAUGUCAUGAAUAGUUAUUUUAGUCUAGGAGCAGAUGCACAUGUGGCCUUAGAAUUCCAUGAAAGCAGAGAAGCAAACCCUGAAAAAUUCAACAAUAGGUUCAAAAAUAAGAUGUUCUAUGCAGGAGCUGGCGGUAGGGACCUAUUGAGAAGAAGCUGGAAGGAUUUAGCUGAACAUGUUAAAGUUGAGGGAGAUGGUAUUGAUCUGACUUCAAAGAUCAAAGAGAUGAGACUUCAUUGCCUUUUAUUCCUGAACAUCCCUAAAUAUGGUGCUGGCACGAGUCCAUGGGGAAGUUCGGGUUCAACAUUUGAUCCCCAAAGACAUGAUGAUGGUUACUUAGAAGUGAUAGGUUUUACAACAGCCUCUUUGGCUGCACUACAAGUGGGUGGACAUGGUGAGCGCAUAGCUCAGUGCAAGGAAGUCCACCUCACUACCUAUAAAACCAUUCCUAUGCAAGUGGACGGUGAACCGUGCCGUCUGCUGCCCUCAGUGAUAGAAAUCUCCCUCCGUAACCAAGCAAAUAUGAUACAGAAGCCCAAACGAAGAGGAUCAGUGCCUAUCCUGAAUGAUCCUGGCCUUGCCAUUUUCAGUCCUCCUUCUGCCCAAAGAUUGCGUCUGCAGGCCAGCCGCAUAAGUAUGGCCGACUACGAGGCUCUUCAUUAUGAUAAAGAAAAACUCAAGGCUGCAUCCAUUCCAUUAGGAAUAAUUGUUGUAGAGAAUGAUUCAGAUCUGGAAGUUGUUAGGAAUCGAAUUAAUCAUUUGCAAGAGGACAACCUUGGAGUGUCGAACUCUGCCAUUACUCAGAAACUAUCCCCAAACUGGUGCUUUCUAGAUUCAACGACAGCAGAACGUUUCUUUCGAAUUGAUCGCUCGCAGGAACAUUUGCAUUACAUCACGGACAUUUCCUCGGAGGAUCUGUACAUCCUGGACCCUGAUCUGCUUGUGCCUAGUGGCUUGAAUCCACAGGACAGCCCUUGGCAGAUGGUGGCAAGCAGAGAGAAAGGUUACGAAGCAGCAGUCACGGAUGUCCCAGAUGGUGCCGCAGAGGGCAAGUUAGACCAUCUUAACCUUGUGUUCAGUAUGCCAGUCACUCCUCCCAGGUCACCAGGCUGUAUGCUUGGACCAGAAAGCCGAGACAAUUCCCUCCUGCCCCAUUCUCCCACAUCUAGUAACAGUUUACUCUACAAUCUAGAUGUUUGUGCCUUGUGUAAGAUCUCAGCAGGCGUAGUGCAUGAUGUAGUGGAGUCUGGCGCAGCAGCUGGAGCCUUAAUAAGAAGGUCUUUCCCUACCACUCCCAUAACUCCAGUUAGUAGUAAUGAGUUAUUCCUGAAAGAGUUUAUGAGCAAGAUACAGCAAAGACGACGCUCUGAACCAGGCACCCCCAAUUCCAGUGCUGAAGAGAGAAAGUCCAGCUUCCAGGCUGUUGCUCCAGUAACUUCUGAUGCUUCGCUGACAAUACCAGUAGCCGCAAAACAGACAGUAACAGUGCCCACAGAUAAAAUGCUGAUAGAUUCAUCUAAAAGAGGAGAUUUAGUCAGGAUAAUGGAGCUUCAUCGUGGAGGUGCAAACCUGUUAGCAACUGAUCAGUAUGGCAUGACUGCAUUACAUCAUGCAUCACGUUUCGGGCAUAAAGAGGUUGUCAAGUUCCUCAUAGAGAAUGCACCACCUGUCAUUUUAGAUAUUGUGGAUCUAGAAAAAGGCCAGACGGCCCUCCACAAGGCUGCCUGGUAUCAGCGUCGCACCAUCUGCUGUAUGUUGGUGGCAGCAGGGGCAUCACUCACUAAGAAGGACUACCAGGGCAAUACUCCCAGGUUACAAGCUCUAAAAGCAGAAGACAUGGAGCUGGCUGCUUACUUAGAGAGCCAGGAACAUUUUCAGCUGGUUGUGUCUGAAGAUCACGAGACUGCAGUGUAACAGUGUUGUUUUGCAAGGAGUUCAUAGCAUUUGGUUAUUGGGGUUUAGCUUCAAACAUUGUGAAUUUGUUCAUCAUAAGAAGUGAUUUUGAGUUGAAAAACUUUCAGACUCGGUAGUACUUCAUGAUAUAUUUAUUGGAAAGGACUACCAGACAAAGAUUUUGCAGAAAAUGUUUAUCCUAAGAAAUGUUUUAUAGAGUAAAAGAAAAUGAAAUUAUGGCUUUUACUAAAAGGGACAAAUUAAGUUGUGAGAGGAAGAUGCAAGAAACAUUUUAAAAUGAGAAAAUUCUGUAAUGUGGUCCUAACCUUCGUAUUGUGAAAGAGAAACAGUACGCGUGUGUGAGUUUUUUGAAAGAACAAGUGUAAGCAGUUAAGAGUUAAUGCAGAAUAUGUAGUGUUCUGUUGUGGAUAUGCAGUCAUUUAUCUGUGAAGGGAGAAAUGGCACACUGUGAUGUACUAGUACUGCAUGGAACACAGACAAAUAUAGAGAUGUUGUUGUCAAAGAUGACGAUGCAAGCAUUAUUACAUAAUAUCUCUUACCUGCACUGUAUUGCAUACAACUAUUUUAACCAAAAAAUGAAAAAUUGUUGACAUUGUACAGAUUAACAUAAUGUACCUGUGUGUAUGCAGUGAUGUCUUUAUCUUCUGCACAAUAUAUAUGUUGGUCAUGAAGAGUCUAAUAAUGUACUUACUGUACUAGAAAUUUAAGUAUAUUAACCCAUAGCAUUUUUGGAAGCAUUCCAACAGCUCAAGUUUCCCAAAUGAUAUUUAAUGCAAUGAUUAUACUCUAUGGAAUUGUACAAUUAUUUCUGUGUAUAGAAGUAAAAAUUAAGUGGAUGCAAUGGUUCUACAGCAACUGGAAAGCAGUAUUGUACUUGAUGCAGGAUUUAUUUUGUUAUUUCUAAGUACAAGGCAACAGACAGCCUGAAUAAUCUGAUUGAAGCCAGUUUAUUGAAUUUUCAUUGCUGGUUUGUUUUCUGUGUUUUGUUCACCUCUCAGUGCUAACAAGGUUGCCAGUCAUCAUAUCUAAUGAGGCAUUUUAGCCCAAAUCAUUUCCCAGCUGGGACAGUUUGGUGACAAUUCGCACAAAGCACAUAAUUUUGUCCACUGGUAACUUUUAAAGUCAAAUGUCAUUCUUGCUUGUAUCAUCGAACAGCAUUUGAUUAGACAAUUGUCAGAUUGUGAUAUUUCUUCAAACAAGUUGUUGGCAUCCAUGUUACAUUCUCUGGUACAGUGAUUUGCUAGGUAAAACUUUCAUAUCAAGCUGGACUUGAAUGACUUAUUUAAUACUAAUUAGAAAGUUUUUUAAUUAAGAUUAAUUUAUUUGAAAUAUUUUACUAAUUCUAGAAGUGAAAAAAAAACACCAGACAUUGUCAGGAUAAAUAACUUAAAUGAUGCCACAGCAUUGUGCAUUUAUGCACUUUAAAUGUUUAUUAAGUAAUUGUUCUCAGUAUUCUUCUCUGUCUCUAGCUUAUCAAUAUAUGUUAAGAAUUAGAAUAAGUGUUUUGUUUUAUCAUGCGUACCCAUAAUUAAAAGUCUAACUUGAUAGCAGAUGGGUGAAGUAAUAGACUUUAUUAUGAUGCACUUUGAAUUAUCCAGUAUCUUAUAUUGCAACUAGAAUAGACAAUGAUUUGAAUGAAAAGCUGCAGAUAUGAUUCUUGGUACCUGAGCUUUAAGCAAAUGAAUUUUAUGACUGUUGUAUAUAUAUAUAAAGCAAACUCCUCAAGGAAAAAUGUCUGCUUACUUUUUGAGUGUGGUGGUAUUUCUUUAAAUGGCAUGUAGCAUCUUUUUUCAUUCUUUUGAACAAGUUUUGUGAUUGGAAAGAUUGCACAGUUCAUUUAGUUAAUUUUCUUCAGUUACUUUCCUGUUAGGUGAAGGUUAAUUUACUGGAGAUUGGCUCUCCUGUUAUCUAUAGAAGUGAUGUAAACAAUGCAGUAAGCCAGAGUACUGUAACAUGGAGCAAGUUUUCUUAGGGUUACUUUGAGAACAUUGAGGUAUAUAUCAGUAGAUAUAUAAAGCAGUAGAUAGUUGACAUGUUUAAAAUUCUUUUCCCCUUUAUGAUUUAUUCUAGUCAGUAUAUCAGUGACUUUGCUUCAUUUUAAGCUUCAUGAUAACUCAUUUAAUUGCAAAUAAAAGCUAGCAGGGCACUGACUGUUCCCACCUGUGAAGCACAUGCUUAAACAGAUGCAACCUUCUUGUAUCUUGUGCUGCUUUUGUAAUAGUA